UUUGUAGCCCAACAAAGUAUUAAAGUACUUUUGUAAAACAUAUAAUAACAAAAAUGAAUCCAUUAGAUCAAAGUGAACAUUUAUUGGCAUUAAAAGUGAUGCGCUUGACAAGACCUACUUUGGUGUGUCCACAAAUUAUAUCUUGUGAGCCUCGCGACCUGCCACAACUUAGCUUUAAGCAGGUUUCAGAGGCAGAAGGAACAGCUAUUGCCGGAUCCGAAUUUUUAGCUGCUGGUCAGUUUAUGCUACUUCCUCAAUCAUUUGGCAAUAUCUAUUUGGGAGAAACAUUUUCCAGUUACAUUUGCGUCCACAACUGCACAUCCCAUCCGGUGGAUGGUGUUACAGUAAAAGCCGACCUACAAUCAAACAAUACCCGAAUUAAUUUACCAAUGCACGAAAAUAAAGCUAAACCAGCAACGUUAGGUCCAGACGAAACCUUAGAUGAUGUCAUUCGUUACGAGGUUAAGGAAAUUGGAACUCAUAUACUCGUAUGCGAAGUCAAUUAUACAACACCUGCAGGUUUGCCACAAUAUUUCCGUAAAUUCUUUAAAUUUCAAGUUUUAAAGCCCUUGGAUGUCAAAACCAAAUUCUACAAUGCCGAAAUGGAUGAAAUCUAUUUGGAAGCUCAAAUACAAAAUAUUACCACGGGGCCGUUCUGCCUGGAGAAGGUUGAACUCGAUAGUUCAGAUCAAUAUACAGUGACAUCUCUAAACACUCUGCCAAAUGGAGAAUCAGUAUUCACGUCGAAAAAUAUGCUACAACCAAAUAAUAGCUGCCAAUUUCUGUAUUGUAUAAAGCCAAAGCCGGAGGUCUCUAAGGAUAUUAAAGUACUAAGAAUUGCCAACACUGUGGGAAAAUUAGACAUUGUAUGGCGUUCAAAUUUAGGAGAGAAGGGACGCCUGCAGACCAGUCAGCUGCAAAGGCUGCCGUUUGAAUAUAAAGAUGUGCGUUUGGAAGUAAUUGAUGCCAUGAAUAUUGUAAAAAUUGGCGAACCUUUUACUUUUAUUUGUAGAGUAACAAAUACUGCUGAUAGACCUAUGGAUUUGACGGUCAAAUUGCCAACUCCAUUAGAUUUCAAUUGUCCGUAUACUGGAUGUGCUGAAUUCAGUAUUGGUGUUAUUGAUCCAGGUCAGCAUAAGGAGUUCCCCUUAACCAUAAGUCCUUCCAAAUUGGGUCUUGUCAAAGUUACGCCUCUGGUAUUGAUUAACACAUUGAUACAUGAACAAUAUACAAUUGAAAAGGUGGUCGAUGUUUUUGUUGUAGAUAGUGACUACCAUAAUGAUGAAUCAUUCCAAAUUAAUAAGUUUGUUCGCUACGAUAAUGCUCCACAUCAACAGGUUGAGGAUCAAUCGCUGCAACUGCAAGUCGUUUAGUAAUAAGAAAAAGUAAAGUACAUAUUUAUUUUUUAACCUUAUAUAAUUAUCUAUUUCCAUAUACAUACAUAUAAUAAAAAAUAUAUUAAACUUA